AUGGGUUGGGUUGAUGCAGAAGUUGAUGAAAAUGGGUACUUCGAUGUCUUCGGGAAUCCAUUUCGAAGUGGAGAUUUGAACCAUGGGAAGGGAUGUAAUCAAAUUCGAACUGCUUGUCUUAACUUUGCUCGUGAUCGGCCUGAUCUCAUGAGGGUUUGCAGUAAUUGCAUUUUGAGGGGAAUAUGUGAGAGAGCAUAUGUGAAGCCACGUGAAGAUGAAGGUGGUCAGACUGUUGAUGUGAUGCGUUUUGUACUCACUUAUGGCCUUCAUCGUCUCAAUGAUUCGCUAGAUAGCGAGCCUCUUAUAAACAAAAGGAUUCAAGAAGCAAUCAGAAGUUUAAUCAGAGAUAUGGUGAAGUUUAGUAAGGAAAAACUUGAUUUUGAUCCUUCUAAACGUGUUCAAACUGUUCAAAAAAGUAAAAAUAGUUGUGAUUUCCAUGAAAGAAUUGAAACAUCAUGA